GCUCUGGCUGUUUCAAGAUCCCCCAUUAGAAAAUGUGCGUGAUUUGUGGCCAAUGCUUCAGGGAUGUAAAAAACUGAAGGGGUAGCUAUGGAGAUAGAGAGAGCAUUGCUGGCUGCUUCCUUUGACAGGUGUUGAGUAGGAAAAGUCUGAAACAAGCAUGUAUGCCAAAGGGAAAGGAUCCACUGUCCCCUCUGAUAGCCAGGCAAGGGAAAAGUGUGUUGGUGAGUUCAGGUACUACCAGACUGGGACAUUAUCUCCUAAAGCAGAAAGACCUAGUCAAUCAGCAACUCCUCCAGGCGUAGCGCUACAUACACAAUUAGCUUUAUAUGUGUAUGAAUAUUUACUGCAUGUAGGAGCCCAGAAAUCUGCACAAACUUUUCUGUCAGAGAUACGAUGGGAGAAAAAUAUCACAUUAGGCGAGCCCCCUGGGUUUUUACACUCGUGGUGGUGUGUAUUUUGGGAUUUGUACUGUGCAGCACCUGAUAGGCGAGAGACCUGUGAACACUCUAGUGAAGCCAAGGCUUUCCAUGACUACAGUGCAGCAGCUGCUCCCAGUCCAGUUAUGGGUAACAUGCCGCCAAAUGAUGGAAUGCCAGGUGGACCCAUGCCUCCAGGGUUCUUUCAGGGGCCUCCUGGUUCACAGCCAUCACCUCAUGCACAACCACCUCCACACAACCCCAACAAUCCCAUGAUGGGUCCACACAGUCAGCCAUUCAUGUCCCCUCGGUAUCCUGGUGGCCCUCGACCUGCCCUCAGAAUGCCAAAUCAGCCCCCUGUUGGGGUUCCAGGUUCUCAGCCUUUGCUGCCAAACUCCAUUGACCCAACACGACCACAAGGGCAUCCAAACAUGGCAGGACCCAUGCAGAGAAUGAACCCACCACGAAGCAUGGCAGCUAUGGGGCCUCAGAACUAUGGAAGUGGAAUGAGACCUCCAAAUUCAUUAGGUGGUCCUGGAAUGCCGGGAAUGAAUAUGGGACCUGGAGGUAGAGGUCCUUGGCCAAACCCCAAUGCCAAUUCGAUAGCAUAUUCAUCGUCGUCACCAGGAAACUAUGUGGGACCUCCAGGUGGUGGAGGGCCUCCGGGAACACCCAUAAUGCCCAGUCCAGGAGAUUCAACAAACUCAAGUGAGAACAUGUACACAAUGAUGAACCCAAUAGGACCCGGUGGAAGCAGACCAAAUUUUCCAAUGGGUCCAGGUCCUGAUGGCCCAAUGGGAGCAAUGGGUGCAAUGGAACCUCAUCAUAUGAAUGGAUCACUAGGCUCUGGAGACAUGGAUGUGUUGCCAAAGAACUCUCCAAAUAACAUGGCAGGGAUGAACAACCCUCCGGGAACGCCUCGUGAUGAUGGAGAGAUGGCCGGGAACUUCUUAAACCCCUUCCAAAGCGAAAGCGUAAGGAUUACAUAUUUCUAGUCAUCAACGAGUACUCACCCAGCAUGACAAUGAGCGUGUGAUAAACACCAAUGGAUUAAGCCUCUCCAGCGCAGGACUAUCACUGUCCAAGCAGUAAGGAUUACAAAUUAGUUGUAUAUUUAAAAGCAGGAAAGUACUUACUCAGAGGCUCCUCUGCAUACUGUACAGAGCAAAUGGCUGGACUGGACUUCUACAGUGACUUUACCUGUUGAACAGCAGUGUGCACAGAGGACAUUUCAUCCACACUUCUGUGAUAUUCUUUGUUACUUUUCUGCCAAAUCCCAGACUGCAGUGACAAGAGGGCCUUUACUAACACAAUGUGUGAAGCCUACUUUUCAAAUGACCAUUUAGCUGCACAUCCAAAUUGACCAAGAAAGACAGCUUUGCUUCCAAGAAGGAGCAUUUGGAGGAUUUCAACAUUAUAGUGGGAAAUUCUUUUGCAUCGUAAGAGAUAUGUCCUUCUAACAUUGAAGAGGUUAAAGCCACAAAACAUGCAAGUUUUGAAUUUUAUUUAUUAAGAAUAAAUACUGGAUCGUAAGGAUACUCAAACUCUUAUUGUCUUACCUCCAUUUUAGUGUGAAAAGUACUUUAAAGCGUUAAAGUGUCCAUAAGAAGAAAACCUUUGUACACGAUUGCCCUGUGACGUCCCUGCAGGCCCCAAAAACCAGCCAUGUGAAACCCCUAGAACAAAAUGGAACUCUGUAUUUUAUGCCACCUCUUUCACUUGGCCAGUAUAUUCUGCGAACAAGAUAAAUAGACAUUUCUAUAUAAAA